UUGAUUCUUCUUUUCGGGACUGCAUACAAAUUAUAAAGCCAUCAGAAUGUCAGGAGCCUCAGUGAAGGUGGCUGUCCGGGUGAGGCCCUUCAACUCCCGAGAGACCAGCAAGGAGUCCAAGUGCAUCAUUCAGAUGCAGGGCAACUCUACCAGGCUUACGCCAGAAGAUCCCUGCUUUGCAUCUCAAAAUCGUGUGUACAAUGACAUUGGAAAGGAAAUGCUCUUACACGCUUUUGAGGGAUACAAUGUCUGUAUUUUUGCUUAUGGGCAGACUGGUGCUGGGAAAUCUUACACAAUGAUGGGUAAACAAGAAGAAAGCCAGGCUGGCAUCAUUCCACAGUUGUGUGAAGAACUCUUUGAGAAGAUUAACGACAACUGCAAUGAAGAAAUGUCUUACUCCGUAGAGGUGAGCUACAUGGAAAUUUACUGUGAGAGAGUACGAGAUUUGCUGAAUCCGAAAAAUAAGGGAAAUUUGCGUGUGCGUGAACAUCCACUUCUUGGGCCCUAUGUGGAAGAUCUGUCCAAACUGGCAGUCACUUCCUAUACAGACAUUGCUGACCUCAUGGAUGCUGGGAACAAAGCCAGGACAGUGGCAGCUACUAACAUGAAUGAAACAAGUAGCCGUUCCCACGCUGUCUUUACCAUUGUUUUCACCCAGAAGAAACAUGAUACUGAGACCAACCUUUCCACUGAGAAGGUCAGUAAAAUCAGCUUGGUGGAUCUAGCAGGAAGUGAACGAGCUGAUUCAACUGGUGCCAAAGGAACUCGAUUGAAGGAAGGAGCAAAUAUUAAUAAGUCUCUUACAACUUUGGGCAAAGUUAUAUCAGCUUUGGCAGAGGUGAGUAAGAAGAAGAAGAAAACUGAUUUCAUACCUUACAGGGAUUCUGUACUUACUUGGCUCUUACGAGAAAAUCUGGGUGGUAAUUCUCGGACUGCAAUGGUUGCUGCUCUGAGCCCAGCAGAUAUCAACUAUGAUGAAACUCUGAGCACUCUGAGAUAUGCAGAUCGUGCAAAACAAAUUAAGUGCAAUGCUGUUAUCAAUGAAGACCCCAAUGCCAAACUGGUUCGGGAGUUAAAGGAGGAGGUGACACGACUGAAGGACCUUCUUCGUGCCCAGGGGCUGGGAGACAUUAUUGACACAUCCAUGGGGUCCCUUACUUCAUCUCCAUCUUCCUGCUCACUCAAUAGUCAGGUGGGCUUAACGUCUGUGAGCAGCAUUCAGGAGCGGAUCAUGUCUACACCGGGAGGAGAGGAAGCCAUUGAGCGUCUAAAAGAAUCAGAGAAGAUCAUUGCUGAGUUGAAUGAAACCUGGGAAGAGAAACUUCGUAAAACAGAAGCCAUCAGAAUGGAGAGAGAAGCUUUGUUGGCUGAGAUGGGAGUUGCCAUUCGGGAAGAUGGAGGAACACUGGGAGUUUUCUCACCUAAAAAGACCCCACAUCUUGUGAACCUUAAUGAAGACCCACUAAUGUCCGAAUGCCUGCUUUAUUACAUCAAAGAUGGAAUUACAAGGGUUGGCCAAGCAGAUGCUGAGCGGCGCCAGGACAUAGUGCUGAGUGGGGCCCACAUUAAAGAAGAGCAUUGUAUCUUCCGGAGUGAGAGAAACAACACUGGUGAAGUUAUCGUGACUCUAGAGCCCUGUGAGCGCUCAGAAACCUAUGUGAAUGGCAAGAGGGUGGCCCAGCCUGUCCAGCUGCGCUCAGGAAACCGGAUUAUCAUGGGUAAAAACCAUGUGUUUCGUUUUAACCACCCGGAGCAAGCACGGGCUGAGCGGGAGAAGACUCCCUCUGCUGAGACCCCCUCAGAACCUGUGGACUGGACGUUCGCUCAGAGAGAGCUUCUAGAAAAGCAAGGAAUUGAUAUGAAACAGGAGAUGGAAAAAAGGCUACAGGAAAUGGAGAUCCUAUACAAAAAGGAGAAGGAAGAAGCGGAUCUUCUUUUGGAGCAGCAGAGGCUGGACGCGGAUUCUGAUAGCGGGGACGAUUCUGACAAGAGAUCAUGUGAAGAGAGCUGGAAACUGAUUACUUCUCUGAGAGAAAAACUACCUCCCAGCAAGUUACAAACCAUUGUUAAAAAAUGUGGCCUCCCCAGCAGUGGGAAGAAAAGAGAACCAAUUAAAAUGUAUCAGAUUCCUCAAAGAAGGCGCCUGAGUAAAGAUUCCAAGUGGGUGACAAUCUCAGAUCUUAAAAUUCAGGCUGUUAAAGAGAUUUGCUAUGAGGUGGCUCUCAAUGAUUUUAGGCACAGUCGGCAGGAGAUUGAAGCCUUGGCAAUUGUUAAGAUGAAAGAGCUUUGUGCCAUGUAUGGGAAAAAAGAUCCCAAUGAGAGAGACUCUUGGAGGGCAGUGGCCAGAGAUGUCUGGGAUACUGUUGGUGUCGGAGAUGAGAGGAUUGAAGAUGUGAUGGCCAGUGGUAAAGGUGGGACAGACGUAGAUGACCUCAAGGUUCACAUAGACAAGUUGGAAGAUAUUUUGCAAGAAGUCAAAAAGCAAAACAACAUGAAAGAUGAGGAGAUCAAAGUCUUAAGAAGUAAAAUGGUCAAAAUGGAGAAAAUCUUACCACUGAUUGGAUCUCAGGAACAGAAAAGCCAAGGAAAUCACAAACCCAAGGAGUCUGUGGGUGCUGGUGUUAAUUGCACCCCUGAGAAUGAUGGAAUUAAAGGAGAAAGCGGAGAACUUGGCAAAGAAGAACGGGUGUCCCAGCUGAUGAAUGGGGACCCAGCGUUCAGACGCGGGCGUCUGCGAUGGAUGAGGCAAGAGCAAAUUCGAUUUAAGAACCUGCAACAGCAGGAAAUAACGAAGCAGCUCCGGCGACAGAACGCACCUCACAGGUUCAUCCCUCCUGAGAACCGGAAACCCCGUUUCCCCUUCAAGAGCAACCCUAAGCACAGAAACUCUUGGAGUCCUGGGACUCAUAUCAUCAUAACAGAAGAUGAAGUUAUCGAGCUUAGAAUUCCAAAAGAUGAAGAGGGAAGAAAAGCAAGUAAAGAUGAGAGCCAAGAGAAAGGGAGUAGAGCCGCUUCGAAGGAUCCCCUGUUAGCACGGGGCUCUCCGGGAACAAGAAGUCUAGAGCACAUCCAAGUUAGCAAGCAGCCUAUUAACAAUCCACAACAGCCACCUCAGCUACGUUGGAGAAGCAAUUCUCUCAACAGUGGCCAACCGAAAAGUGGGCGCUGCCAGACCUCUGCCUCCUCCGAAUCAUUAAACUCCCACGGUGGUCACUCCACUGCUGACCUGCAGACUUUCCAGGCAAAGCGCCACAUUCACCAGCACCGGCAGUCUUACUGUAAUUAUAACACUGGAGGGCAGUUGGAGGGCGAUGCAGCUAAUUCCUGUCACAAACAGACUGACGAGCCUAACCCUGGAAGCCAGUUUGUGACACCUCCGAGGAUGAGGCGGCAGUUCUCAGCACCCAACCUCAAAGCUGGGCGCGAAACUACAGUAUAAAUAAAUUACUGGGCAAACUUGAAAUCGCAGAGGAGAGACUAGGCAAUGUUAAUGCUAGCUCACAGUUUAGGUUGGUUUUACCCCUUUUGCCUUAGAACUUCUGGUAUUUGCAUUAUGAUUUUAGUGCUGUGUUCCUACAAACAUGAACUGGUUUUAUAUGGUUAACAAAACAUAAAACACUGGUAAACAUUUUACUUUAUAUACUGUCAAUGGAUAGUUUCUGGAAUUUUGGAUAAAGCAUUGAGACCUCCUUUAUUUUUCUGAGACUUUCCCCCUUCCGUGGUGCCUAGAUAAUUAAUACACUUACACCAACUUGUUUUGGUGUAAGUUUAUAUUUUUAACAGUGCCUGUAAAUUGAUCUGAUAUCCAGAAAGACCUCUCUCUUAGUUCAUGCUGACUUUUGAAAAGGGGAAUUUGAUAUGUAAAAGUAAAUGUCUGUUCUCCAUAAAUGGUGGGGAAUAAAACUAAAUGGAACUUGGUUUAAAAGUGUUAACAUGCACUGGAGGCAUAGCUCAGUAUGGAACACCUGCCUAGCAAGGGGAAGGCCCUGAGUUCAAACCCUAGUACUGCCAAAAAAAAAAAAAAAACCCCGAAAAACAAAACAAAAAUCAUGCAACCAUGUAGACACAGCUUUGGACAUCAUAUCCAUAUCUAGGUCUGGUCUUUUAAGUAUAUUGAAAAUUUCAUAAUCACAAACUAAAUUUCUUCAGACAGCUUUUGUAAUAUACAGCUUUGCGUCUUCAAUAGAACAUCAUCUUUUCCCAUUUUUAUAGAGAACUGAUUCAGUAAAGUUUUUUUUGAUGUGUUAAAUGAUGUAUAAAAUUUGCCAUAAUUCUACAGUCUUCAAAUUGGCACUGUGUCUUUCUGUUUGUAAUUUGUAUUUUGAAGUUUAAUGUAUUUUACAGACAACACAGCCCCCCCAAAAAAAUGAACUAUUCAUUAAAUUGUGCCAAAUACAAAUAACCACAAGAAAUAUGAGUUCUUUGAACAGUACAAAUGAGUUUGUGAGAUCAUUGGGUGGAAGAAGGAAAGAUAUGGGAGAAAGACUACAGCAUAUGUCUCUUAUCUGCUUUUUUUCUGCAAUAGUUGAUGAGAUAAUGAAAGUUAAUUUUUGCUUGGUUCUGAAAUAAAAGAGAUGAUAUAAAGUAAACUAUUCUGUGAGCAGCUGUAGUAAUGCUCAUAGAUAAGCAAGAAAAAGAAGUCCUGGUGAACAUUUAUUGUUUCUAUACCUCAUUUUACCAUGCUGUGGUCUGUUUGCCUUCACUGGAGAAUCUACAAAAACAGAUGGAUGUUAAUGGAAAGAAAGUGUGAUUUCCACAUUCUUCUUCAUCUCUUGCACUUGUCAGAAACUUUUCUACGAAGCAGUGUGAAGAGCCAGAAAUUGCCUGACUUGAUAGUAUCGAAGAUUUCCUGAGUCGCAUUAAGUCAUCUUUCAAACACUUGUCUUCCAAAUGGUGUGAAAAACUGCAGCCAAGAUAGAAAUUUAGCACUCAAGGAAGCCGUCUGGAUUGUGCCUUUUUUUCUUCUUUUGUGUGUGGGCACUAUGUUUUGUUAGAGCACAUUAUUUUAAAUAAUUUCUUUUCCUUCUAAGAAACUGCUUCCUUAAUGCACCGAAAGUUGCUUUCAACUAACUUUUUUUUCCUCUUAAAAAAAAAAAGCAAAUAGUACUUCGGAGGGGAUAUUUUUGCUUUCAGAGCAAGAACAGUUCUAGUCUUCAACAGGGUUUUGAUGGCAUAUUAGAUGUGAUUGAUUGCUGCUGCAGUGUGUCGCCUUCAUUGAUACAACAGUCUCUGUGCCAUUUGUUUGUGUGUACUUGGUAGUCUAUUCAGCUUAGUCACUUCAGUGCAUCUAUGUAAACCCACAGUUGGCCUUCUUUAUUCUGCAUUAGAUAUAAUUAUGCCGACUUUUCCUUUCUUGGCAAAAUAACCAUUUUCUAAUAUUAUAAAUAAUAAUUGCAUAGCUUUCAACUCUGUAGUAAAAACAUGAGUCCCUUUCCCUAACUUGGAAUAACCUAUAUUUUCAUAUUGGGGUGACUUUUUAGUCUUAGUGCUUCCUUUUCCCACCAGAUAGUGGGAGUAAGUUAGCCAUCCACUGGUGAUCCAAGUGACACUAGAAUGAAGAAAUGAGAAUAUUCUGGAAUAUUUUCACAUAUGAAUACACAGCAGUCAGAACAGUGCCUGUAGUGAUAUCUCAAAGAAGAGAUCUGGGUGUGUGCCUCAUCUGUUGAUCUAGGUCUGUGUAUCCUUAUAGUGCUGACAAGUUUAGAAAUCUGCAGGAGCCCUUAAUUCAUAGAUGGCCAGGAAAAAAAGAAGGUUUGCUUGACUGCUAUAGAUGUCCCUUCAUGUAUUUCAGAACAAGUACUUAUUUUAGGAAGUAACUUUGUAUGAAUACGAAAUUGCUUCAUUGCAUCCCUCACUGAACGAGUGCCAUCUCUGUGAGCCCAUUUGCUUUGAUUUUUCAAUCUUUGUUGAGAUUCAGUUCUCACUGUGUUGCCCAAACUGGUCUUUGCACUAGUAUCCUUCUCCCCCAGCUUCCUGAAUAACUGGGAUUAUAGGCAUGCACCAAUGUGUGGGCUUGUUUUUUGAUCUGAUAGGAUCUCUCCCUGAGCCUAAAUUCUACAAGACCAAAGAGAAAUAAAUGGUCAUUAUUAAGGCACUCUUCUAUUAUUGAAAUAUUUCAAGGUGUUACCAUAGUGAGAUGAAGCACUUAUGCUAAUGAGAUUAUAUAGUGACCGUUAUACAGUGGGGGAACAUAGAAGAGUCCUAGUUAAUUUGUGUAGUUUUGUAAUCCAAAAUGGUAUUCCAUGGAGAGUUAGUCAUUAUCUGGUAAGUCUAAAACCAAAGGGUGUUUCCUUUACGCUUGCUUCCAAUUAUUUCUAGUACUGUUUCUCCUUUCUCUAGUGAUGUAAUGAAUGAGAAUUGUUUAUUACAUUGAAGUAACUUGAGGUGACCUUUUGUGCUUUAGGUGUAGUCUGAUAUUAAAAAACAAAACACUGUGCAUUUUUAAGUGCUAUUACACCGUAGGAAGUUACAUGGGCUUCCCACAGUCUGAACAGUCUGAACCCCAGUGCCUUACUCUGGUUGUUGAUAGACUUGCCUUAAUAAUUUGAGCAAAAGACUGGGAGAUGGGAAGCAGCCUGUGUUGUACUGGUGAAGAAAGCCUCCUUUGGCGGAAUGCAAAGCAAGCCUGGGUUCUGUACUGUCAGAGCCAAAUUGUUGUAAGCCGUUUUCGUAAAUGUCCGGUUUAUGUCAUCUUUUCCAGAUUUUAAGGCCUGUCGUAGAUACACUUAGUUUGGACCACUUUAGGUUAUGAAUUGUAUUGGGUUUCCUUCUAUUAUUACUGUAAAAAGAAGUUGUGAAUCUUCUUGUUAACAAACUGUGGAUUUUCCCUCAAUUCCCUAAAACAAUGCUUGAAGAUUGUCCUGAGUGUCAGAUCUGCCUUUUCAGGGAAGGGAAAGUUAGUUUGUACUGUGGAAAAUAAAGUCCUCAUUCAAUAAAAGUCGAAAUUGUCUUGUAA